AUCAAAGAUGUCCGCUCCCGUUUGAAAACCUGCGGCAGCCAAAUCCCCCGUUUGGCUCCUGACCCGUGUUGUUGUUGUUGUUGUUGUGUGUGUUGUUGUUGUUAUUGUUAUGCUGACGGCUGGUGUCCCCCUAAACAAGACCCGUUCAGAGGAGAGACUCCGGAACAAGAACCAGAACAUUCCGGACUACCAGAAAUAAUGCUGAUAUCUGGACCUCAUGUCGGAAGUCGUGUUUGAAGAGACAGCCACGAUGAUCGCAGCAGGGGAAUUGCAGUCGUUUGUCCCGUUCGGCCGCGAGCACUGCAGGAACCAUCCCAACGCCUUCAACCUGCAGCUCCGAGAGCUCCAGCCCGCCUCCGAGCUCUGGUCCUCAGACGGCGCCGCCGGCCUGGUGGGGUCGCUGCAGGAAGUCAGCCUGCAGGAGAGGGAGAGGGAAUGCUGGCAGCUCAGGAAAGGCUGCGAGGGCGUCCGCGAGGAGGAGGUGGAGUUUGAAGAGGAGCUCUACGCAGCGGGAGCCGUGGUGGUCUGGAGUCAGGGCAGCAGGAGCCAGGCCUCCAACGUCUACAAGGCCUUCACCGUGGACGGCCCGGUGCAGCAGGCCUUGUGGUGUAACUUUGCUGCUCCUCAGAACCAGAAAGACGAGGAGCAGCAGGAGCAGCAGGAGGAGCAGGAGGAGCAGACGGUCUGCAUCGUUCAGAGCAGCUGCAUCAACGUCCACACUGUGAGCGGGAAGGACUUCAUCUCCCCACUGCCGUUCCAGGUCUCAAAUGUCUGGGCGACAAAGUUCGGACUUUUGUUGGAACGAAAAAACACAACGACCGACGUUCAACUCACCGCCCCGGGGGAAUCUCUUCCCACGGUGUUCAGCAUGCUGCAUCCUCUAGACGAGAUCGCACCUGUCGUCUGUAAACCUGCAGGUCAGUUUGAAGGCUCCCGUGUCCAGUAUGCGUCGGACUCCUCCAGGAGGAUCGUGUUCAGCUGCUGUCGGCCAUCGCUGGUCGUCUCCUAUGACACGGUGAUGGGGACACACUCGGUCUGGGCCCUGCGCGCCGUCACGCAGGAUGAGCGCUCCACCGUCCUGCAGUGUUCAGCAGAACCAGUCGGCACCCCGUUGGGUCUGAUGGCGUUGGGCUUGCUGACCUCCCACUUGCGCAAUAUCUCCCGCAUGGACUCCCCCGGGGCCCCCGGACUCGGAACCGGAACCAGUGGGGUCGUGACCUCCGGCUCUCCGCUCCACUACGGCGCUCUGCACGGCCACCAGAGCCGCAUCAUGACCUCGUCCCCGGGGUCACACUCCCGCGUUCACUCCCCGAGCAUAUCCAACAUGGCCGCCCUCAGCCGCGCCCACUCGCCGGGCAUGGCGGCGCCGUCCUUCUCGGGAGCGUCUCGCUUCAACACGUCUCUGCACAGCCCGUCUCCCAGGGUGCACCACGGCCCGGCGCCGUCCCCCAGGGUGCACCACGGCCCGGCGCACUCCCCCAACAGCACGGCCAACGACACCAUGCUGGCGCUGGAGAUGGAGCCCAUCGUGCCCGACCUGUGCAUGGAGCAGCUGUGGAGCGAGGCGGCCGGCUGCCACAGGGACAUGAGCAGCCAGGCGUCUAAAGUGUUCCUGACCUCUGACCUCUGUGAGAACCGCUACCUCUGCUUCCUGGUGGAGUCCCACCAGCAGCUCAGAUGUGUGAAGUUCAUGGAGAGCAACAACACGUCUCAGCUCAUCUUCACUUCUGUCACGACCAUCGCUGCCAAAGACGCAGAGCCUCUGCAGAACAUCGACGCCAUGCUGGUUCUGGAGGCGUGUGGCAGCCUGGUCCUCUACACGGGAACCACCAGGGUCAGCAAGGUGUUCGUCCCCGGCCUCCUGUCGCCCAGCUUCAGCCUGACCAACCACCCGUCUCACCUCGGCACGCCGGCGGAGAACGUUAGCACGCCGGCUAACGCGGGCAGCAGACACCUCCAGAGACUAGAUGACGCCGCGAUGCCCUCGCCGGUGUCGGAGCUGAGGGGUCCGAACAUCAAACACCACGAAGGAUCCUUUUUGGAGGAUUACAGCUUCCAGCACGCCACGCCCUGCAUCCACGCGCUCAGGGACUCCGUCUGCAACCGGGUCACCUUGGAACUCACCAGUGGCUCAAUGCUGAGGAUCUCCAUCCCAGAGAUAGCGACCUCAGAGCUGGUGAGGAAAUGUCUUCAGGCCAUUCGGUUCAUCCUGCCAAAGGAAGCUGCCAUGAAGGUGUUGGUGAAGUGGUACAACAUCUACAACGCGCCCGGCGGCCCGAGCGCCCACGUGGAGUGGAACCUGUUCGUCACCUGCUUCAUGACGCUGAUGGGCUACAACACCGAGCGGCUGGCGUGGACCCGCAACCUGCAUUUUGAAGUGCCCCUCUCUCCGGUGAUAGCAGCGAAGAAGGCCCGCCCCUCUGACGGAGGAUCUGAAGAGGACCUGGACUACCUGCUGGGCUCCCACUACCACCGGCAGAUGAACCCUCAGCCCGCCUGCUGCAACCCUCUGAGCUCAGAGAGCUUCUCCUCGGUGUCCUCCCCCUCCGGCCCCUCCCUGAGGCUGGACAGCGCCGCCCCCCUCUUCCCUCACGUCCCGGCUCUCUUCUACGUCCUCCACCUGCUCCAUCAGGAGCUGCAGCUGGACGAGCUGCAGAGGGCCAGAGCCUCGUCGCUGGUCUGUCUGCUGCAGCAGCUGGCCAGGGACCUCCAGCUGGACCAGUAUGUGGACCAGUACUGGAGAGACUACCCCUCCUUGAUCAGCAGCUUCACUGAGAGCUGCGUCAUCGACCAGGCUCUGAUUGGUCAGAUGCAGCGUCCGUCCUUCUUGAGGGCGGAGCCUCCCUGUGUGCUGAGCUGGCUGAGUGGCUGCCUGAGGGGGGAGGAGAGCCCGCCCUUCCCCUGCCUGCCCGUCAUCUGUCAGAGGACCCGGCUGCUGGUUCUGAGCUACGCCCUCUACAUCGUGGGGGAUGGAAGCGCCACGUCGACCGGAGCAGCCAAGUACCUGGUGAAGCUGUCUGCAGGUCAGAAGUACUGUACCAGUGAACCACUCUCCAGAAGACAGAGCAGUGUGAAGGUGAAGUCCUCCAGUGAGAGUCUGGCGGAGCAGCUGGUGGUCUGGCUCACCUCAGAAGGUUUCACCCUGAAGGACCUGGAGUCGGUCCCCUUCGGCGUGGCCCUGCCCAUCAGAGAGGCCAUCUACCGCUGCCGGGAGCAGCCGUGCUCCGAUUGGUCGGAGGAGGUGUGUCUGCUGAUUGGGCGACAGGACCUGACCAAACAGGCCCACAAGAUGACGCUGGCCAAGAGCAAAGCUUCUGUGGGUUCAGGUCUGUCCUUGGAGCCUCCGGCGGCCACAGAGGCAGACGAGGAGGAAGAUGGGAUGUCGGACAUUAUUCAGGAGGUCACAGGGCUGAUCUGGAGUCAGGAUCUGAGGGUCCAGGAGGUCCGGAGGCUCCUGCAGAGCUCCAGGCCGGUCCGGGUCAGUGUGGUCCAGCUGCCGGAGGUUUCUGACCACGAGUACAUCGAGGAGAAAGAGAACAAACUGCUGCAGUUGUGCCAGAGGACCAUGGCUCUCCCGGUGGGCCGAGGCCUCUUCACGCUCUUCUCCUAUCAGCCCGUGCCCACCGAGCCGUUACCCGUCCCCAAGCUCAACCUGACAGGCCGCGCCCCCCCGAGGAACACGAUGGUGGACUUGAACAGUGGGAACAUCGACGUUCCUCCCAACAUGACCAGCUGGCCCAGCUUCCACAACGGAGUCGCUGCUGGACUCAAAAUAGCUCCAGCGUCGCAGGUGGACUCGGCCUGGAUCGCCUACAACAAGCCAAAGAGCCCCGAGCUGGCCCACGAGUACGCAGGUUUCCUCAUGGCGCUGGGCCUCAACGGACACCUCACCAAGCUGGCCACGCUCAACAUCCACGACUACCUCACCAAGGGUCACGAGAUGACGAGCAUCGGGCUGCUUCUGGGCGUGUCCUCCGCCAAGCUGGGCACCAUGGACAUGUCCAUCACCCGCCUCCUCGGGAUCCACAUCCCCGCCCUGCUCCCCCCCACCUCCACCGAGCUGGACGUACCGCACAACAUCCAGGUUGCGGCUGUGAUUGGCAUCGGGCUGGUGUACCAGGGGACAGGACACCGACACAAUGCUGAGGUCCUGCUGUCUGAGAUAGGUCGGCCUCCUGGUCCAGAGAUGGAGUACUGCACAGACAGGGAGUCCUACUCUCUGGCUGCUGGUCUGGCUCUGGGGAUGGUCUGUCUGGGGCAUGGCAGUAACCUGAUUGGGAUGAUGGACCUGAACGUCCCUGAGCAGCUGUACCAGUACAUGGUUGGGGGCCACCGGAGAGCUCAGGCCGGGGCCAGCAGGGAGAGACACAAGUCCCCCAGCUACCAGAUCAAGGAGGGUGACACCAUAAAUGUAGACGUGACGUGUCCAGGAGCUACGCUGGCCCUCGCUAUGAUCUACCUGAAGACCAACAACCGGUCGAUUGCUGAUUGGCUGAAACCUCCAGACACCUGGUUCCUGCUGGAUUUCAUCAAGCCAGAGUUUCUGCUGCUCAGGACUCUUGCUCGUUGCAUCAUCAUGUGGGAUGAAAUCCUCCCGAAUACUGAGUGGGUCAAGAGUAACAUACCCCAGAUCAUGAGGGGGACUUUCGACCCUUCAGAAGACAUUAACAUGGAGACCAUGGCCCAAGCCCAGGACUACAUCACGGCCGGCGCCUGCAUGGCUCUGGGUUUACGCUUCGCCGGCUCUGCCAACUCCGAUGCCUUCGACUGCCUCUACGAGUUCGCCAGAACAUUCAUGAAGAUCAUGUCCUUCGCCGGUACAGCUGCCGUUCAGACGGGUUAUUACAACCUGCAGACCGGUCUGUCCAUGAUUCUGCUGGCCAUGUCUAUGGUGAUGUCCGGCACCGGGAACCUGAAGGUCCUGCAGCUCUGCCGCUUCUUCCACAAGAGGACCGGCGGCGAGAUGAACUACGGCUUCCACAUGGCUCAUCACAUGGCACUGGGCCUGCUCUUCCUGGGGGGGGGCCGAUACACGCUCAGCACCUCCAACUCUGCCAUCGCCGCUCUGCUGUGCGCCCUGUACCCACACUUCCCUGCUCACAGCACUGACAACCGCUACCACCUGCAGGCCCUGCGCCACCUGGCCGUUCUGGCUGCAGAGCCUCGCCUGCUGGUCCCCGUGGACGUGGACUCCCUGAAGCCCUGCUACGCCCUCCUGGAGGUCACCUACAAGGAGACCAAGUGGUACAAGGAGACAACGGUGGAGCUGAUGGCUCCCACCAUGCUCCCCGAGCUGCACCUCCUCAAACGGGUGAAGGUGAAGGGGCCGCGGUACUGGGAGCUGUCUGUGGACCUGAGCAGAGAGACACAGCAUCUACAGUCCAUCCUGUCCAGAGACGGGGUGUUGUACGUUAAGCUGCGGGCCGGCCAGCUGCCCUACAAAGACGACCCUCAGGGCUGGAAGAGCCUGCUGGCCUCCACCGUCAACCACCGCAGCUCUGGAAUCAGAGCCUUCAAGCCUGAAGCCAUCUCCACCUUCACCUCCGAGCCCGCCUUGGUCUCCUUCGCCGAGUUCUUCUGCAAAACGUCCGAAGGAGUUCAACACAGAGACGACACGCUGCUGCUGUUCUCGGCCAUGUUGUAUGAAUGCGUGACGCAGGAAUGCCCAGAGAUGCUGCCCACCUACAUCGCCAUAGAGCAGGCGGUGGGCGCUCUGCGUCGGGCCGACCUGCAGCAGACCUUCCCCCUGUGGCAGAUGCGCCUGGUGGUGGAGCUGUGGGACAGCCGGGUGCAGCGCGGUCCGGCCAACCGCCACGACGCGCUGCUCACCUCCGAGUUCCUGCCUGUCAUGAAGAACAUGGUGGACGCGGUGCUGGACCGCUGGCUCACAGACAACAGCUGCGUGUUGAGGAGCUACAUGAGGGGCGAGGCCCUCCCUGAGGCCGCACGGUCCAUCAUGCUGGCCAGCUUCCUGGUGUACCGCUCCAUCCCCAGUCUGAAGAACACACACGCACAGCUGGAGGGCUGCAGCUCUCUGGGGGACUUGUUGUGGCGCAGCAGCCGGUUGCGGAUCCCCCUCAGAGACGUGCUGAGGCUGGUUCCCGUCCUGCUGGGCUCCGGGUCCGGACCCCUCGGCCCGUCGGGUCUCCCCCUGCAGGCCUUCUGACCCGAGCAGCGCCCCCUACCUGCAGCAGGCGGGACGACCGGGAGACGAACUGUCCUCAUAGAAAAUAUGAGACUUUUGUGACAUGAUAUUUCUGUUUAGGUUGUUGUUUUUACACACAAAGAGAGAAGUACUUGUACUACUCAUGACUGUGUACUCGUGUACUGCUGUGUGUAAUCAGGACGUCACCCUCCAGAUGGAAGGUGAACUUCCUGUUUGAGGUGUUUCUCUGCUAAUAAAACAUGAACUUAUACUUCAACAUAACUUCUGCUCUCAGGGUAGGAAACGUGUCUGUAAACUGAACCAGAUCAUAAAAACAACGAUGAAACGAAUGAAUGAGAAGUAUUCGCCUCACAGAAGCACAAGCUCUCUCUUAAAGGGGCGGUAGCAAUGUGCUGAAGCUGUAUUCUGUGCUUUAUUUUUAUAAUACAUACUAAUAAUAAAAUAAUACAAUAAUCUUAAACAGGUAAUCGGAGGAGAGGAAACGGACACAGGAAGGUGUGUUUGUGUUCCUGAAUAUUAUAAAAUGAUGUUUUGGGGAGAAAUUAAAAUCCCUCCCAGA